AUUUGUAUUUCUUCUGCAUUUCAUUAUUACCCACAUUAUUCACUCAUAUGCAAACAUAAAAAGCUUCCAUAGCCUCUUCUUGGUACAGCCUCUCUCUCUCUCUCUCUCUCCGCUUCAUCAUUAUCUCCAUCAUCAACACCGCCACCAUGCCCUCCUUCGUUUCCGUUUCUCUCUCUCCCCUUCUUCUUCUUCCCUUGUUCUUCCAGUCUUGUUUCUGUGCUACAAUUUUAGUUGAUGGAUCCUCAGAGUGGAAGAACCCCACAGUUCACAUUGGAGAUUCCAUCAUUUUCAAGCACAGGCAACACUACAAUCUUUACAUUUUCAAGAACCAGAAAGCCUUUGAUCUCUGCAAUUUCACUCAAGCCACUCUUCUCACCAAAUCCCAUGCAACCUCUUACACGUGGCACCCAUCGCGUCCUGGUUCCUUUUACUUCACCUUCAACGACGGGUCGUUUAAAGCAUGUGAAGCUUCUCUAAAGCUAGGCAUAAAGGUCUCGCCGGCAAUACCGCCGGAGCUUUCUCCCAAGGCGGCUCCUGCUCUGGCUCCGGCCUCCGGCGGCGGGUCAGUGCCGUCGUCCCCUUCAUUCCCUUGGCCUUUCCGUCCUCGCCAAGCUGAUUCUCCUGGCCCGGCACCGGCCGGAAGUUCAACGGCGGCAUUUCCCUUAGUACCUACCAAAGGAGGAGGAAACGGCAUGCCGUUUAUCAACAGUAAUCCUGCGGUUCCUCUUCCUACUGGUGAAGUGGACUCUGCCACCAUACGCCCUCUCCCAACCUCGGGCCAAGACAGACAGGUGAUGAUGAUCAUUAGGUUAUGUGGAUUUGAAAUCGGUAUGACCCUCCUCACUUUAUUGCUGAUGCUGUAACAAAAGUUAAGAGUUAGAGAGAGAGAGAGAGAGAGAGAUGAAGAGAUGAUGAUGUAAAGUAGUAGAGAGAGAGAGAGACUAAUGAUUGAGAUUAAUAUAUAUAGCAAUAUAGUUUAUGUGUAAUGUAUUGUCUUUAGAUUCUCUUCCAUUUUUACUUUUGAAUGUUUCCCACUUUUGGAUUUACUUUUUGCCAGUUGAUUCUCAUUGUGCUUGC